UCUGGAAACACUUCCGGGUGGGCGGCGCGUCAGAGAAAACUUCCAAACAGAUUAUUCCUGUUUUUCCUCCUCGGUCAGCCUCUGGGCUCCUUUUCUCUGCUUCCUCUCAUCCUCCGUCGCUCCGCUAACGUCCGCGUGCCUUUCUGCUCCAUAGUUCCUGAACCAUGUCCAAGUCUCUGAAGAAGAUCGUGGAGGAAAGUCGGGACAAGAACCUUCCAGAGGUGGAAAUGUGCGACAGAGGGAUUUCUAACAUGCUGGACAUCCCGGGGCUGUUCACGCUGUCCCACAUCACCCAGCUGGUCCUCAGCCACAACAAGCUGACAGCUGUUCCUCCAAACAUCUCAGAGCUGAAGAAUCUGGAGGUUCUCAACCUUUUCAACAACCAGAUUGAAGAGCUGCCCACCCAGAUCAGCAGCCUGCAGAAGCUCAAGCACCUCAACCUAGGGAUGAACCGUCUCAGCGGUUUACCCAGAGGGUUUGGGUCUCUUCCUGCUCUGGAGGUCUUGGAUCUCACCUACAACAACCUGAACAAAGACUCACUGCCUGGAAACUUCUUCUACCUGACCACCCUCAGAGCGCUGUAUCUCAGUGACAACGACUUUGAGGAUCUUCCUGCUGACAUCGAGAAGCUGACAAAGCUGCAGAUGCUGAGUCUCCGGGACAACGACCUGAUCUCGUUACCCAGGGAGAUCGGUGAACUGGCUCAGCUGAAGGAGCUUCACAUCCAGGGCAACAGACUGACCGUCCUUCCUCCUGAACUCGGGAAUCUGGAUCUAACUGGUCCAAAGCAGGUGUUCAAAGCUGAGAACAAUCCGUGGGUCACUCCCAUCGCAGACCAGUUUCAACUGGGAGUCUCCCAUGUCUUCGAAUACGUCCGCUCAGAGACCUAUAAGUAUCUCCAUGGUCGGCACAUGCAGGCGAACCCAGAACCUCCAAAGAAGAGCAGCGAUAAGAGCAGGAAGAUCAGCCGCAAGCCGCUGGCUGCCAAGAACAAAUAAAGGAGGAAGUGGAUCAGAACCUUCCACCUGUAUGGCUCCAUCUGGUUCUGGUUCUGCUCAUCUUUCUCCAUCAGUUGUUUGCUUCUUCAUGUUUUAUGCAGCAUUUCACGUUUAAUGUUCACCCAGACUUUCUAAGACUUUUCUCCAGAACCGUGGAACCAGCAGCUCCACCGUUCUUUACUAUUCUAGCUCAGCUCAGGCAGACUGAAGAAGAAGGUCAAAGGUCACUGCUGCUGUUAAACAUCUGGAUGUUUCCAGCAGCAGGAAGUUCGUCCAGGAGCCCCUGGUCCCCAGGGAAUCCUGCUUUUUAAGGAUCCCUGGUCCCCAGGGACCCCUGCUGUUCCAGGACCCCUGGUCCCCAGGGAAUCCUGCUGUUCCAGGACCCCUGGUCCCCAGGGAAUCCUGCUGUUCCAGGACCCCUGG